CUGGGAGUUUCUGGCCAUGAUCCGCGAGUACCAGAGCAGCAUCGACUUCAGGCCGCUGACUGGAAACGAACCGUAGAGGACCAUCAGAUAACAGUCUGUGUGAGGAAGAGACCGCUCAACAAGAAGGAACUCGUCAAGAAAGAGGUGGAUGUCAUCAGCGUCCCGACCAAAGACCAGAUGAUAGUCCACGAGCCGAAGAACAAAGUAGAUCUCACGAAGUACCUCGAGAACCAGAAGUUCAGGUUCGACUACGCCUUCGACGACUCCUGCACCAACGAAGUUGUUUACAAGUACACGGCUAAGCCGCUAGUGCAGACGAUAUUCGAAGGCGGUAUGGCGACCUGCUUCGCUUACGGACAGACCGGCUCGGGCAAGACGCAUACUAUGGGCGGAGACUUCCAGGGUAAGAUGCAGGACUGUAAGAAGGGCAUCUACGCCAUGGCUGCCCGCGACGUGUUCGCCUACCUCAGGUCGCCCAAGUACCGACCUCUCAAUCUCAUAGUGUCCGCCUCAUUCUUCGAGAUAUACUCCGGCAAGGUGUUCGACCUGCUGGCCGACAAGGCCAAGCUGCGCGUGUUGGAGGACGGCAAGCAGCAGGUACAGAUAGUGGGGCUCACGGAGAAGGUGGUGGACAACGUGGACGAGGUGCUGAAACUGAUACAACACGGGAACGCUGCGAGGACCUCCGGACAGACGUCGGCCAACUCGAACUCGUCGCGGUCGCACGCCGUGUUCCAGAUCGUGGUCCGGUCGCCGGGCAUGCACCGCGUGCACGGGAAGUUCUCGCUCAUCGACCUGGCGGGCAACGAGCGGGGCGCCGACACCUCCUCCGCCAACAGGCAGACCAGAAUGGAGAGUGCGGAGAUCAACAAGUCGUUGUUGGCGUUGAAGGAGUGUAUCCGAGCACUAGGCAUGAAGGGUAACAACCACCUGCCGUUCCGCGUGUCUAAGCUGACUCAGGUGCUGAGAGACAGCUUCAUAGGAGACAAGUCCCGCACCUGUAUGAUAGCCAUGAUAUCACCCGCCAUGUCCUCCUGCGAGCACUCGCUCAACACGCUGCGGUAUGCGGACAGAGUCAAGGAGUUGGGUACGUCGGAAGGUUCCCGCGGGCGCGCGGAGUCCCCGCAGGCUGAUGUAGACAUGGAGCCCGCUACAGACGACCUCGCGCAUCUCAGAUCACUUAAUGAGGGCGACAUGUCCGCGGAGAUGUACACGUUCCACGAGGUGAUAGACGAGCUGCAGCGAGCCGAAGAAGAGGUGCUCGACAACCACAAGGCCAUCUCCGACUACCUCACGCACGCGCUGCAGCGGUGCAACGCGCUGCUGGCGCUCACCAGGGACGUGGACUACGACCAGGACGCGUACGUGACCCAGUGGGAGGAGCUCCUGAACGAGCAGCUGGCGGUGCUGGCCCAGUCCCGCGACCUGGCGGCCGAGUUCAGGAACAAGAUGCAGAAGGAAGAACGGAUGUCCAGACGCAUACAGCCGCGACACUAA